UCACGUGGUAUAGACAACCUGCUUGCAGGAGGAGAGAAGUGCCGCACACUCUCGAGUUGUAUAAACAAGUCUGUAAAAAUGUUUCGGCCUGUCGGCCUUCCUCAGGUGACGUGCAAGUGUUUUACUGGUUGCCAGCACCUCCACUCAUAGACAGCCUACUAAACACAAGACAGUCUCACCAACAGAGAAGAGGAGGAGGAGGCAAGCAUGCUCAGUAACAAUUGCUUGAACUUCAUCAGGAAGAAACGACGAGGGACUGAAAUGGACUCCAGGUGCCUGCUAUUUCUUAGCUUGUGGACUAUGGCUAUUGGCACAGCGCAGGGGUGCCCUGAGCCAUGUAACUGCAUGGAGAAAUUCUCUGUGCAGCUCGCGGACUGCGCGUCCAAAGAUCUGCUUUCUGUGCCCGUGGGUCUGCCGUCCGAUUUGACGAGCCUCAGCCUGUCUGCAAACAAGAUCCAGGUGCUCAAGUCCAAGAGUUUUAUCAAUGUCACCUUGAUUACCUCUCUGUGGCUGGGGCACAAUGCCAUUGUCACCGUGCAGCGGGACACACUGGCACCGUUGGUCAACCUAAGGAAUCUGGAUAUCAGUUACAAUAAAAUCGUAAACUUCCCAUGGGAAGACCUGGUCAACCUCACUGCCUUGCAGCUUCUGAAAAUGAACAACAAUGAGAUGGUACACCUGCCCAAAGACGCUUUUCUCACCCUUCGAGAACUGAGGUCUCUCCGAUUAAACAGUAACAUGUUUGCCACCAUUGCGCAGGGUACUUUCGAGUCCCUGAGUUUGUCUCAUCUCCAGAUUUACAACAACCCUUUCACUUGCUCCUGCAGCCUGGAGUGGCUUAGGGACUGGAUCAAGGGGUCAAAAAUUUCCGUGCCAGAGAAAGAGAAUAUUGCAUGUGAAUUACCCGAGAACCUGAAAGGGGUUUCGGUGGUAAAGAUGCCCAACAUGGAUUGCAAGGCCCCUACCGUUUCCAUCACAUACCAGCCAAACUGGUUGAUGCCAACCGGGUCAACUUAUGUCUCCGCGGAUUCUGGGGAGAGUGGGGAGGAUGCAAAGGAUUUGCCCUUAGACCAGUGUGGUAUAAGCGACGGCACACAAUACAUGUCCAAUCACGCUUUCAAUAACACCCUGGAUCAGAUUAAGCAGAACACUUUUGAGUUCGGGGUGAUAGCUCUGGAGGUGUCAGAGACAGAGGCCAAGGUGCAGCUCAACCCGUUGCAGAUGGCCAACAGCAAGACCAACCUCCAGAUGAACCACACCCAAGACCUGCAGACCGUUGAAAAGGAGCCGUUUAGCCUGACUCAGACCAUCACCAAGAAGUCCACUUUGGACCGGCUCCACCUCUGUGUGAGCACAGGCAACGGUCACUUAAUAGUAGGGACAUCCACGAUUAGAGAGGGUAUCAACGCAUACCGUUUUGGUGGCUUACAGCCCGGUACCACUUACACACUCUGUCUCUCAGAUGCGACCAGGGAGUGCCAGGUCCAGGUUGUAUUUACCACCAGAAAGAAAUUUUCUGUGCAGCUGACAGACUGCGCAUCCAAAGACCUGCUUUCUGUGACCAUGCUUAUUUCUGUGUACCUAGUUAGUUUUCUCCAAAGUUGUUUCAUUUAAGUGGUUAUAUCUGGCCAUGCCUUUGUUUUCUUAAUCUUAAAUAUAUCACUGGCUUUAUCUGUCAUUUUCCUUAUUUCUUGCUUUCAUCUUUUGGCCUACUUCUUUUUAUUCUAUUUUCACCUGCCAUGCCUUGUGCCUUUAUUGCUUUCAUCUUGUUUUGUUUCACAUUGUUUUAUCUUAUUUUACUGUACAGCAAAUUGAAUUGCUUUUAUGUACGAAAUGCGCUAUAAAAAUAAAAUUGCCUUGCCUUGCCUUGGAUUAUGAAUGAAAUAAGUGUUUUUUUUUAAGCAGCACAUACAUAUAGAACAUUAAAUUGUGCAAAAAUAUAGACUUUGUUACAAAUGCCAUCUACAGCGCCAAGGGAACUUAUUUAUUCUCAACCUAAGGUCUCCAAAGGUCUCCUAACUGAAGAUCUGCUGAAGGGGCGUUCACCUGUCAUCACAUGGAUCCCGGAAAAGUCA